GCGGGUCUGUGAGUCAGUCAGCCGGCGAGAGCCGUGGAGGAAGGGUGUGUAUCUCCUCGCUCCUGUGAACACAACACUCUGCGCUCCUCGCAAUCAUCCACCUCUCAUUACUCAACUGUUCAGAUAUAAUGUUUCCAUACAUCUGGACGACGGUUUUCGUGAGAGAUUCUACGAGGAAUGUUUACGAACAAACGUGAGCCGCAUUAACUACCAGUUGUGUUAAUUAGAUCGACCUCAUAAUACUUUUUUUUAAGUAAUCUGAUCAAGGAAACAACAGAACCAUGAAACAAUUGUUUUAAUCAUAUUCUGGCAAGGAUGACUCUCUCCCCUUGGACAAAAUUCUUCACAAAGGACACCUGGCCAGCCUCAUCAUGUUGAUGCGUUCUAGCGACGGGCAGCUGAAGCGACACAGAAUUAUCCGGCUGUGCUCGAGCACCAGGUGUGUGGAGGUGACGGAGGGUGGAGGAGGCGAGGGAGGCCACAGAGGAGCAGGAGGAAGGCUCCUGCAGGAGGACCCAAUGAAGACAAUGGUAGCCGAGGUGCGGGCAGCUUCCUACCACCCAACUCUUCCUCCGGAGAUUGCCACAGACGCCGCCAUCUAUGUUGCUGUGAUCGUGGUGUUCUACGCAGCCAUUAUCCUGCUACUGGUGGGAACCAAUCUUCACCGUCUCCGGAGGAAACGACGGAACCACUUCCAGCAGACUCUCCAGCAGCAGCAGCAGCACCAGCGGACUCAUCACCGGCCCGUGGACACCACCGCCACAGCGCCUGACGCUCACACCUACAGCUUCUUCGGCAGGUGGACCGCGAGCAGCGCCACGACCUCGCUACUCACUCAGAAGGACAGCUGGAGUGACCAAGAUGGAGCCGUGGUAGUGUAA